AGCUCGGGAUGCCCGAGCCUGCCCCGAGCCUCGGCGGAGCGGAGCUGCUGUGGUCCCCGCUGCGCCCCGCGGAGGAGCGCGCUGCCUCAAGCGCGCCGGGAGCCGCCUGCAGGAGGCCCGGGAUGACUUGGCGGGGCUGCGCUCUGGCGCCCUGCCUGCUCCUGUCGCUGCACGGUGUUGCAGUAUCCCUGGAAGUGUCAGAGAGCCCUGGCAGUAUUCAGGUGGCCCGGGGUCAGACAGCCGUCCUGCCGUGUACUUUCUCCACCAGCGCUGCCCUCCUUCACCUCAAUGUCAUUUGGAUGGUCAUUCCCCUUUCUAAUGCAAACCAACCUGAACAGGUCAUUCUCUUUCAGGGUGGACAGACAUUUGAAGGUGCCCCCCGGUUCCAUGGCAGGGUAAAAUUCAUUGGCACCAUGCCGACCACCAAUGUCUCUAUCUUCAUCAAUAACACUCAGCUGUCAGAUACAGGCACCUACCAGUGCUUAGUCAACAACCUUCCAGACAGAGGAGGCAGGAACAUUGGGGUCACUGGCCUCACAGUGUUAGUUCCCCCUUCUGCUCCACACUGCCAAAUCCAAGGGUCCCAGGACAUCGGCAGCGAUGUCAUCCUCCUGUGCAGUUCAGAGGAAGGCAUUCCUCGGCCAACUUACCUUUGGGAGAAGUUAGACACUACAUUCAAGCUACCUCCAACAUCCACUCAGGACCAGGUCCAGGGAACAGUCACCAUCCGGAACAUCAGUGCCCUGUCUUCAGGUUUGUACCAGUGUGUGGCUUCCAACGCCAUUGGGACCAGCACCUGCCUUCUGGAUCUGCAGGUUAUUUCACCCCAGCCCGGAAGCAUUCGAGUCCUAGCUGGAGCCAUUGGCACUGGUGCCGUCAUUAUCAUUUUUUGCAUUGCACUAAUUUUAGGAGCAUUCUUCUACUGGAGAAGCAAAAAUAAAGAGGAGGAGGAGGAAGAAAUUCCGAAUGAAAUCAGAGAGGAUGAUCUUCCGCCUAAAUGCUCUUCUGCCAAAGCCUUUCAUACGGAGAUAUCCUCCUCAGAGAACAACACAUUGACCUCUUCCAAUACCUACAAUAGUAAAUAUUGGAGCAACAAUCCAAAAGUUCAUAGAAACAGGGAGUCCUUCAACCACUUCAGUGACUUGCGGCAGUCUUUCUCUGGCAAUGCUGUCAUCCCAUCCAUCUAUGCGAAUGGAAACCAUUUGGUCCCAGGUCCACAUAAGACUCUGGUAGUGACAGCUAACAGAGGGUCGUCACCCCAGGUCACACCCGGGAAUGAUGGCUCAGUCAGCAGGAAGCCUCAACCUCAGCACACACAGUCCUACACCAUCAGCCAAGCAACCCUGGAGCGCAUUGGUGCAGUGCCUGUCAUGGUGCCAGCCCAGAGUCGGGCAGGGUCCUUGGUAUAAGACAUUUGGGGAUGCUGUGUUAAGAUGAAAAUAAAUGGAAUGCCUACAAAUAAGGAGAGAGUGGGGUGGGUGUGUGCUGGAAAGACACUUUUGUUAAGAUCACAUUAGUAAAAAGCACAAAGAAGAAGGCCGUCCGUUUCCUGGUUGCUGUGAUGUGUCUUCAGACUGGCCUGGAGUGCUUUGAGGAUAGUUUUCUCACUGCAAUUUGGUUAAAAUUGCUGCACCUCAACGAUGUGCCAAGCCAAGGAGAAAGCUAGAAGAGCACUUAUGACCCAAACCGUGGUCCGGGUGGAUCUGUUCUUUAAUUCUUGCCCAAUUUAAUCAUUUUCAGGAGACUAAAGUGCCAGGUGAAGUUUAAAUAUUGAAAUUAUUUUUAAAAAAUAGGUGUCUUUAGAAGAAAAUUUUGAGCAACCCUGUGGCAUGUUCUGCCUCCUACUCCUUUAUAAGGGCAAGGGCUUAAUGGUACUAGCCAUAGUGUCCCAACUGGGCUGGCUCUUUAUCAUAAAGUCAAAACUUUUUACUGACAAUAUUCAGUGAGAAAUGGGGGGAAACAAAGGAAACCUCUUGGAACCCCUUGGUGUUUAUUUAUUUACCUCUUCCUGAACCAUGAAUUUCAUAUUUGGAAUUGAGCUAUAUUGACAGAUUCUUAUGCCUGUCUCUGUUAUUCUGGGAUCUGUUAUAGGUCCACGGCAAUUACUGUUCAUUAUUUUCUGAAAAAUAGUUUUUUUUUUAAAGAAACUUUCUUUUUUAAAUGCUUGAGAGGCAUUCAGCUAGGAAAGCAAAAACUUUACACCUUACCUUGUUCAGUGAUUGUGUUUAGCGAGCCCAGCAGGAGGCUUGUCACAGAAAAGGUUCUGGAGGUUGACUGGGCAGUGAAGAAGCUGGAGGCAGGAGGGAGCAGCCUUCCCCUGCUCUCAGAGGCUGGAAAGGAGCAAGGUUGUCCAGGGCUACUUUACUAUCACAGGGGUUGCUCUUAAUGAGGGCAGAACCUGAUGCCUUUUGUACUGAGGAAGAUAAUUCCCUCUUGUUUGACAAAUAGAGGUUAGUAGAUUGUUAUAGGAAGGGUAGGAAUUGUUUUGGUUUUGUUGCUUUCAAAAUAAUUCUUUUUGCAAAAGAGAUAAGAGUUAGACAAAUGGGGGGUAUCUUCCAGGGUGCUCUUGGAGGGUCUGCCCUGGAUCUGAAAGCUCAGGGUUGCAAUUUUGCCUGAAUCCAUUGCGUACGAGUGUAAAGAGACUCCUUUUUGUGAUUAAUUACUUGGCUUGGCUGGCCUUGCAGUUUACUGAAUUCAUUUACAGACUCUCUACUCUGUUUUGUGCUGUGUAUAUCAGGCUGUACUUGUAUUGGUGGCUAUUCGCCUUAAUCACACGUUAGGCAACCCUAGGUGAUUUCUUCCCAGAUUUGUUGCUAAGUUAUUUGUAUUGCCCCCACAAUUUAGAGAGAACAUUCUUGCUUUCUUUGCGUGCUCUUCAUCUCUCAUCCCGCCAUGCUGCUUGCCUUCUUUUUCUUCAUAGGGAGUGACCUCCUGGCUUCUCAGUUAUUUGAGUAAAUGGAAACCAUCAGCUGCUGCAAUACUGUUUUUCCAAGAGGGCCACAUUCAGAACUUAACUAUUGUGACCGUUUUAAUGUUGAUAUAAAAAGCUGCAUUUAUCUUAGCAUUACUUAUUUUUUUCCAUUUGAUGGUUCUUGACUUUGUAAAAAUUUAAAUAAAUGAAUGUCUACUUUUUAUAAGGAAAAGUGAAAA